CGGUCGAGACACUGAAUGCCUACAGUGAACAGUUCGACACAUACCGGCGGCUUUGCCGUACUACUGUGGCUAGUUAUUUCACGAGUGUUCGGUUGUCUGCGAGAGUUACAUACGUUACGAAUUUUCAACGAUGAUUUUUUGACAAAAUAUUCAUUAGUGUUUUUAUUACUAUUAAGUUUACUGAGCAAAUUCCUAAAGAAUAGUUAAAAUAGAAUUUCCGGUAUACUUUUCAAACAGGAACACGAGCCAAUCGCACAAUGAUCCAAAUCCAAAUGGUGAUUACUUGGAUAGGCUCCAUAGAAAACAAAUUAAUUUAAAAAUAUAUUCCUUUUUGUUGAAUGAACUCAAUAAAGAAGAUUAGUGAAUUCAAUGUCGGGAUGUAUCAGGGUAUCAUCCCGGUCGGGAGUCCGGAAUGACGGUACAGUGCAAAAUCCUCACCAGCAAUAUGCCCAAAUAAUUAAGGUCUACACUGAUUGGGCUAACCAUUAUUUGGAUAAAGCUAAGUCUAAGAGAAACAUAAAAGACUUACAACAAGACCUAGCUGACGGUGUACUACUAUCUGACCUCGUGGAAAUAAUUUGCAAUCAUCGACUACUCGACGUGAACAGGAAACCAAGGACCCACUUACAAAUGUUGGGAAAUAUCAAAAGCUGCUUAGAUCUUUUAGAAACCCUUGGUGUAGUUUUGGAUGGUAUUACUGCACAUGACGUCAAAGAAGGCAAUUUAAAGGCAAUUUUGGGUUUAUUUUUUGCUUUAUCUAAGUACAAACAAAAACAGAAACAACAAAUGAAAACCGAACAGGGUAAUACUAAAUCUCGAAUACCUACAGACAUGAAGCAAUCAAGACUUCCUGGACCUACCCUUCAUUCAGGUAGCAUAACUAGUAUACCUACUCCGUUCGCUCAAAGGUUUCAUCAUUUGCAGAAUUCAUCUGUACCUAUUAAUAGUCCCUAUUCAGGUAUAAAAUGUACAUCAAAUAGUAGCUCUAGAUCUACUAGUCCUCAUACAUUUAUACCAUCACCAAAAUCAGUUAUCAAAACUCCUGUAGCUUCAUCUAAAAAUUUAAAUCAAAAAAAUGGAGUUUCUAUUAAAACUACUAAUAUUGCCAGCCCAUACAGUUCAGCUCAAAAAAAUAGUGUUAUGCUGGAAAAAUUGAAGUCAUCUUCCAACUAUAAAGAAAAAUCAAAUAAGCAAGUUUUGACUAGUACAAAAAGAACAUCAAGUUCAAGUGGUUUUAGUUCUGCGCGUUCUGAACGCAGUGAUUCCUCAAAUAGUCUAGCAAAUGAACCAAAGACCAUAACAAAUCUAGAGAAAAUAGACAAUUCUAAUGAAAUUUCGAAACCUAUACUCAGAAAAAAAAUUGUUCGACCACCUGUUCCAACUGAAUCUCGACUCUCCAAAAUAAGUUUAAAAUCAUCAUUACCACCGAAUUCUGAAAACACUCAAAGAAAAAGUGUAGAGAUUUUAAAUAUAAACAAAGAAGAUUUAUCUUCUACGAUGGAGACAUCACAAACUCAAUCGAGACUUAGUGGAACAGGUAUCCCAAAACCUGUAGCUACUGUUAAAGGUAUGACAAAACCAACACAUAGUGUUGCUCCAAUGCAACAAAUGGAUUCUGAAAAUAAAAAGGCUGAAAAUAUAGGAAAGUGUAAUGAAAAACUGUCUGAAAUUUGUAUUGAUAACAAGAAACUAGAAAAUAAUAAUUUUAUUCCUAUUGAUAUAAAACAUGAUAAACAAAGGUCAUUUACUGAAGAUGAAGAUCCAGCUUUACGUAUUAAGCCAAUGGAACCUUUGCUGAGGGGAUACAAAAGAUCCAUAAUUGUACCACCGCAUCGCACUAUACCAUCUGAUUUUGGGUUGACUCAGAAUUCAGGAAAUUGCACCUUUCAAGAAAAACGUAUCUCUGCUGAUUCAGACUAUGGCCAUCAAUCUUCAGGUUAUGUUUCUGAUGGUGAUGUUCUACAAUAUGAUAUACAAUCAAAACAAUAUCUAACUACAGAUCCUGGAUAUAUGUCUGAAGGACCAAUUUACAAUGAUUCUAAAUCUAGUAGAUAUCAAAAUUCUAUUUUUAACAAUAAAUCAAAUAACGUUCAACCAAAUAGUACAAUUAAUUUGAAACAGAGGGUUGGUUCACUUGACAGACUUAAUACAAAAACAAAAGAUCCAAGUAUCAUUAGUUACCAACAAAAAAUCAAACUGAAUCAAUUCAAUGUGGGGCCUGGCGGGGGCUCUUCAAGUCUUGGCCCUGAUGUCAGUCCUCCUACAAGUCCUCCAGAGCCUACACCCGUUGCACCAGUAUAUAAAGUGGUUUCACGAAGUCAUAUCAAAAAAUCUGAUAGUGGGCAACAAACGGAACAAAAUAAUUCGAGUAUAAGACAAUCAUCACAAUGGAAAAAAUACAUAGAGGCUGGUAAAAAUGCAGAACAAAUGAGAUCAAAUGAAUUAGUAAGGGUUCGAGAUAAACAGAGUCCAAGGAGAACAGAAAAAAAACGGUCAAUAGAUGGAUCACAUGAAGAUAUUCAAAGUUUAGAAUACUUGGAAAGAAAAUCCCGUAGUGAUAGGGCUAAAGGACGAAAUGUUCCUCAAAGUUUUGGGUAUACUAAAAGGUCUACCUCUAGUUCAAAUGGUAAAAAUGAUCCAAGAACUGCUCAAGUUUCAGCUGUACCCAGAACAAAAGUUAAAGUCUCUGGAGGAACUCAAACUGAUAUGAAGUCUUAUUCUGUAAGUGGUCCUAAUGCAACACAGUUAUCCCAAAGUGUUAGAGAACGACUAAUAGCCAAUCAGUUAGAUCAAGAAGCAAAAACGAAUAGUCCUUAUGGUACUUGGAUGAGACAAAGUCCAGUUCCAACACACUAUACUGCUUCUCUUCCUUCUAGGACUGGAGCUAUAGGAGGUAUGAUUGAAGCUGAGAGUAUAGAAUCACUUCCUGCACAAUUACAUCAUCGAGCAAGUUUGACACAUUCUAGAAUAAUGGCUUCAGCUUCGCCCAAUAUUAGCACAUCACCCACUCAAUCAAAUAGAAUAUCACGAAGCAAUAGUAUAAGCUACCUUAGAGAUCGGACGUUUCCAAGGUCAACUAAGUCUGAAAAAUUGUAUCCAUCGAUGCUUCAACGCACUGAUGACCCAGAUUCUUAUUAUAGUAUUCCUUAUUCAUCUUCUAAUCGAUCAGAAAAUCGUACAUUUCCUCAUGCUUCACAGCCUACAAGUCCAACUCCAGCUGGUCGUUAUAAUUAUCAAUCCCCCCAGCCAAAUCACCGAUCAAUUUUGUCAUCACCUUAUGCUGCCUCAAUAAUGAAUAAAAUCAAUGCUAAAGAUGAUGAUGCUCAUGGUUCAGCCUUAAGCCUGAUAUCGACUGGGUCAUCAUCCUUGUAUAGUGGAAUGGGAGCUGAUGAAAAACAAGCACAAGAAGUUAGGCGAUUAAAAAGAGAUUUAAGUGAUGCACAAGAUAAAGUACAUACUUUAACAAGUCAAUUAUCAACUAAUGCUCAUGUAGUGUCUGCAUUUGAGCAGUCCUUGUCAAAUAUGACCCAAAGACUUCAACAAUUGACAGCAACUGCAGAAAAAAAAGAUCAUGAACUCCGUGAACUACGUCACACUAUAGAAAUAUUGAGAAAACAAAAUGUUGAGUCCAAUAAUUUGAUAGGAAAUCAAACUAAUGGAAAUCAUCAAAGAAGACACACAAUUAACUCUACUGCUGACUCCAGUACUGGUAAUAACAUAUCACGUCAAUUGUCGACAGAUUCGGUUUCAAGUUUAAAUUCUUUGUCUUCGGCAUGCAGUGCAUCUAGUUCAGCCCAACAAUCUGAAGCUGAUAAGAAGAAGAAAAAAGGAUGGUUGCGUAGCUCUUUUAACAAAGCAUUUUCACGCUCUAAGAAGAAUCGUAGUAAUUCUCUGUCAGAUGCAGAAGAAGCGCAAAUUGCUCGUUCACAUCAAAAUACAUUCCUCUCAGAUCUUUCUGCACCUUCAUCACCACUUCUUAGUACUUCUCAUAUGAAUGGAUUAGGAAUAAAAAAUUAUCAUUCCUCUACCACGAGUUUGUAUGAUUGUGAUCGUGUAGAGCAAGAUUCAAGCCCUGAACUAUUAGACCAACUAAAAAAGCAACUAAGAGAAAAAGACCUUGUGUUGACAGAUAUAAGAUUAGAAGCUUUGAGUUCAGCUCAUCAACUUGAAUCGCUAAAGGAUACAGUUAUUAAAAUGAGAAAUGAAAUGUUAAAUCUAAAACAAGACAAUGAAAGAUUACAAAAAAUUGUAACUAAUCAAUCUCUCCAAUCAAGUUGUAGUUCCUUAUUAUCUCCUCCAAUAUCAAGUCAUACUCAAGGUGAAGAGUCUACAGAAUCAUUAAUAAAAUCAGUAGACUCUGAUGCCUGUUUAGUUCAAGUUAAAGUGUUCCUAGGUAGUCACGGUAAUUAUAAUAUGUAUAAUGAAAAUAAAGAUAAAAUGUGUAUCAUAUGUGCAAUACCUGUUUCUCCAAAUACAAGAUGGGAUAUGAUAGAUCAUCUUGUUGUUAAAGGGUUUAAAGAUUAUGUAGAGCGUAUUGAUCCGUUAACAAAACUUGGACUCUGUAGCGACUCAAUAUGGAGUUAUCAUGUUGAUAAUAUAGUUCGUUAUACAUCAAACUCAUUAGAUAAUAAGACACCUAACAAGACUCCUUAUGAAUGUUUGGCUAAUAGCUCCCAUAUAUCUAUUUGCUUAAAAGGAGCCAUGCAUUCUGGAAGUUUGGAUGCAUUAGCUUUCAACACGUUAAUACCAAAAACCAUUCUUCAAAGGUAUGUAUCCUUAUUAAGUGAACACCGUAGAAUCAUUUUAUGUGGACCUAGUGGUACUGGUAAAACUUACUUGUCAAAUAUGCUUGGAGAAUUUUUAGUUAUAAAAAUGGGUAAAGAGAACAACUCAUCCAAUAUUGUUACUUUCAUUGUUGAUGAUAAUACCAACAAAGAUUUGCAACAGUACUUAUCUGGAAUUUCUGAUCAAGCUGAUCGUGAUUCUUCUAAAAUUCCAAGCAUUGUGAUUUUAGAUAACUUACAUAAAGCUCUUUCUUUACCAGAUGUGUUCAAUGGAUUCCAAAGCCCUAAUUGUCCUUAUAUAAUUGGAACAAUUAAUCAGUCAACUUGUUCUACUACAAGUUUGCAAUUACAUCACAAUUUUAGAUGGGUGCUAUGUGCUAACCAUAUGGAACCUAUGAAAGGCUUUCUUGGUCGCUAUCUUAGAAGUAAACUAGUAGAGCAUGAGUGUCGACUUGGCCAAAGAAAUACUCAGCUCAAAAAAGUCAUUGAUUGGAUUCCUGAAAUUAGAAACCAUCUAAAUCAACUUCUUGAAACUCAUAGCUCAUCUGAAAUUACUCUAGGGCCUGGCAUGUUUAUUUCUUGUCCAAUGGAACUAGAAGCUUCUCAAAAAUGGUUUACAGACUUGUGGAACUAUUCUUUAGUACCAUAUAUUAUGGAAAUGGUCCGUGAAGGAAUAAAAUUGUAUGGUAAAAGAGCUUCAUGGAAGGAUCCUACAUCUUUUAUUAUCCAAUCAUAUCCAUGGUCGAAUAUUGCCCAUAAGACUUUAGAAUCAUUUAUUAGAAUUAGACCAGAAGAUGUAGGAUAUGAUAUGGAACAAGAUAAUGAUCCUUUGUUAAACAUGUUAAUGACUCUUCAAGAAGCAGCAAAUUAUUCUAGUCCUCAAAAUGAUAAUGAAAUAAGUUUGCCUAAUGGUACUGGAACAUUAGCAACAUUGUGAAAAGGUUUUUCAUUAUAUAUAGUAUAAUUGAUUGUUUGUGAUUUUUAUUUUUUAAGUUUACUUUACCAAAUGAAUUUUUGGUAAAUUUUCCCAAAGACGUUGUUUUUACCAAAUACUUGAAAAUCUGCAAAGCCAGCAGUCGACUAUUUUUUUCAUCAAUUAAAUUUAUUUUUUAGCUCAACAUUUUAUAAAUAUAAAUGUAAUAACUUUAUAAAUAUUAAAUUAUUUUAAAUGAAAUAUUUCUAAAUAUUUUUAUAAUUAUUUUAUUUAUGAUAGACAAUAACAUUUAUGACUUAUUAUAUAAAAUCCGUGAGUCUGUUUUUUUAUUUAAUUGAUAAAUAUCUAAUUUGUAUUAAUGAAAUAUUAAUUCUCUUUUAAUAACUAUUAUGUCUUAUUUUUUUUAAGCAUUGGAAUUUAAUUAAAAAAUUAAAGAACAUCUAUGUGUUCCAUAUCUAUUUUAUACAAUAUACAUAUUUAUAUUAUUAAUUGAAGACAUCAAAAAUAAUUUUUACCAAAACCAAAGUUUUUUAACAAUAUACAUUAAAUAACAAUUAAUGAUCUUUAUGUUGUUAAUAAUUAUGAUAACUAUGUAUACUUAAUAGCUUAAAUAAAAUAUUUUCUAUUGUAUAUUGCUGCAUCACAUUUAAUUUGUUUUAUUUAAAACAUAUUUACUAUUGUAAAUUGAAAAAUGUGUAUAAAAAUACUCCCGGUGCUUCUUUUUUUAAUUUUAAGAUUUGCUAAUAAUUGUUUUAUAUGAUUAUAUUUGUAUUAUAAUUGGCAAUAAGUAUUACCUACCUUGCUUCAUGUACUGUUAUAAACUUGUUAUAGAGUGAUUUUGUAUUAUAUUACUACUAAAUAUUUUUUAUUUAUUUGUACAUGUUUAUUAUUAUACAUUUUAGUAUAGUACAAAUUUCUCGUCUGUUAAAAACUAUUAAUAAUUUAAACUACAAUAAAUCUUCAAUUUAAAAA